CACACUUUAUCCACACACUAAACAAUGACACCUUUCUCCACCACCACCACCACCACCACCACUUUCCUCCUCCUCCUCAUCCUCCUCCCUCUUCACUUUGCCGCAACCGCAGUCUCACCUGCGGCAAACGCCAAAAGCCCAACCAUAUCUCCACCCUCCUCAACCCCCUCCUCCUCCUCCUCCUCCUCCUCAACUCUUGACCCAAAACAAAUAAAAGCCCUUGAAUCCCUCUACAUUCCAACCACACAUGACCCAUGUACUCAACCUUUUCACAAUGCCACCACUUGUGAUACCGCCACCCCAUUCCGCCACCUCCUCUCCCUCCGUCUAACCAAUUGCUCCGACGACUUUUCUCUUUCCACCACCGCCCUCUCCUCAUUAUCCACCCUCACAUCCCUCACUUUUUCAGAUUGCCACACCCCAAUUGUCCAUUUCCCUUCAUCUCUUUCAAUCAAUCUUAGAUCUUUCACCUCCAUUAACUCACUCCAACAUCUCUCCGGCGUGUUCCUCAGCCGGUUCACUAACUUAACCGAACUCACUAUCUCCGGCGACACAAUUAAAGCCUCAGGGAUCCACAUUAUCACAUCUAAUUUAAAAUCUUUAACCACUUUAACACUUUCAAACACUAACCUUUCUGGCCUAAUUCCAAGAACUUCUUGGAAUCCAAAACUGACCCAUUUGGAUUUAUCCAAUAAUAAGCUAAAUGGAACCAUACCCACAUCAUUAACUCUUUUAGAAAGCUUAAAUUUCCUAAAUUUAUCAUCAAAUCAACUAAAUGGAGAAAUACCCAGUUCAUUUGGUGACUUGGUUUUUCUAAAAAAUCUAUCUUUAUCAUCAAAUUCUUUAUCUGGGCCUAUUCCGAAAUCGAUUUCUAUUAUAUCAAGAUUAGCUCAUUUAGACCUUAGUUCAAAUUCUUUAAAUGGGACUAUCCCUGUAUCUAUAUCUGAAAUGAAGGGACUAAUGUAUUUGAAUCUUGAAAAGAAUAACUUUCAUGGGGUUAUGCCUUUUAGUGCUUCAUUUAUUAAGAAAUUAGUAGUUUUUAAGGUCAAUGGAAAUGAGAAUUUGUGUUACAAUCACUCUUCCAUUUCCAAGAAAAUGAAACUUGGGAUUGCGCAAUGUGAUAAACACGGGCUGCCCAUAUCGCCCCCACCCGCGGUAGAAGACGAUACGGGCAGCAGUGAUGGUGGUGGUGACUAUGAUGAAAAUGAUGAUAGUAGUGAUAAUGGAAAGAAGAAAAAUGGUGAUGAUGAUGGUGGAGGGCCAAAUAAAGUUGUACUUGGUGUAGCAAUUGGGCUUUCUGCUGUGGUGUUUUUGAUUAUUUUCUUGGUUGUGUUAUCCAAAUGUGGUUGUAGAUGUUGUUAAGUUUGAUUAGCCAUUCAAUUAGUAUAUUUGUAGGAUUUUUUUUAGCUCGAUUUCAGGUCAUUUUGCUCGGGAACUAUCAAGGAAAUAGGACAUGGCGUCGGGCCAUCCAUCUUGUCCCGACGCCAGUCUUUUGGGGGCUGGGUCGACUUCGGCCCACUUUGCUCGGCUCAACCAGUUCCGGACCUUGUUAGUAGAGAUGCUUGGCCAACCCGGACACCAUUGAGGAAGGAUACCCUUAUUUGUAGAAUGAUAUAUGAGUUGACUUGUUUUAUUCAUUUGGUGAAUGAUUAAGAGAUAGAUUUAUACAUAUAUAAAAGGGAUUGGUUACAUAUGCUAAGAUAUGAUUAAAUUUGUUCAAAGUGAGAUUUUAAUGGCAUGUGUUUGGUUUUUAUUUAUUUUUGUUUGUUUAUAGCAAGAUAAGAUUAAGUUAUUAUGGUUUGAAUUAUGGAGAGUUGUGGGGUGUGUUUUGUAAUGGAUAUACGAUGGCAAUGAUUAUUGGUGGUUAGGAUGAAUAAGUUUAUACCAUGUGCAAUCUGAUGCAAUACGAGCCAGUAUAACACCUGGAAUAGCUCAUCGCCAGCUCAUUGUGAGUGAGACCACUUGGUUUGGUCGACAUCAUCACUCCGCUUUCAGUGUGAUGGUCGGCGUGAUAGGAAGUUUGAAAGUCUAUUUGAGAUUCAUCGUACUCGACAUUAUUCUUUAACCAUUAGAUAUAACAUGAUUAGUUAUGAAAUGAGAAAUGAGUAUUUAAGAGCAGGGCGGUAUCAGCAUACAAGAUGGUGAAGAUCGUGAAGUAGGGUUCAUUCUUUUGGCUUACGAAUAGAGCACGGUUCGACUCUAUCAUUUGGAAGAAUUGGAUCGGUUUUGAUACUGGAGCUAGUUUGUAGCUUUGUAAUACGUAUUUUGUUGUGUCCUCAACUUUGUUGUAAUAUGAUGUACUCUUCUCAGUUUUUUGUUGGACCUUUAUAUGUAUAAACCUUUAUAAAUUGUAUUGAAAUUAAGUUUAAGCA